GAAACCAAACCCGGACGUGUUGCCACAGAAAAACCGGAUUGAAUAAUGGUGGACAGGUCCGAACUUUGCAAGUGGAGAAAGUGAGAGAUUGGUUUCUGGUUUCGGGCCUUUUCGGUCAAAACCAACACGCAACCAUUUCUUCUUCUUCUUCCUCCUCCGCCCCCAAUCGGCGGUGCGCCACCCUCCACCGCCCUCUAACCCUAAUCACCACCACCUUCUCGAUUCAUUCCUGAUUCCAGCUCAAAUUCCCCUACAUCAAUUCAUUACGGUUCUCCUCCUCACUCCCAAUUCCGUAAUUCGAUUGAUUUCUCUUCUUUUUCUGAUCUGAUCACGCUGAUUAUCAUGUGCUAGCUAGCUUCUUCCCUCGUUGAUUAUCAUUUAUCAUUAUCCACCUGCUGCUUAUUCUGUUUGUGCUGAAUUGUUGGAGGACAUGGAUUCAGGACCGAGUAUCAAGGGUAAUUAAUCUGCAAACACGUGUUCUGUGUUUGCCAUCACCUCCAAUAAACAGUUACUACCCUUUUGCCGGGUCUCUCUGGCGCAGCAACGCCGCUUCUGGAAAAACCGCCGAGUCAGUGCUCACUCACUCACUCACUCGUCGUUUCUCUCUUGAAUGUCGGCACCGCAUAAGUUUCUCUGCACAUUCUCACACCGCAUCCUCCUCCUCCCUCCUCUCUCAACUUCCACAACCUUCCUCUUCCUCCCCUCCUCCCACCGCUUCUUCUGCACCCUUCCUCCCUCAACAAUGCCUUGCAAUCAGCGAAGUGGUGGUCACGGUGGCCAGCAAUGGACGGAGAAACCGAAGGAUGAGGCGCCGUUAUCAUCGGCUAUGGGAGAUUCUGCAACUGCUGCUGAAACUGUUUCUAACAAGCUUGCUGGAAUGCAUAUUGGUGAAAACAGUGAGCAAACGGGGUUAGGGCAUGCUAAUAAGGGUGCAAUUUGGAAACAUAAAUCAUAUGGAACUACUGCUGCACCUGAAGUCGACAACAAACCGGCGGGUAAAGUCGCGGUUGAUGGUGCAAGGGUUGAUGCUGGUGGUGUGGCUUCUACUCAGAAGAGUGGUAUUAGUGGUGCUGGUUUGAGCAAGUUAUUUCAAGGUAAUCUGUUGGAAAAAUUCGAAGUGGACAACUCUACCUACUCACAAGCACAUAUCAGAGCAACUUUCUACCCCAAAUUUGAGAAUGAAAAGUCAGAUCAAGAGACCAGGACAAGGAUGAUUGAGAUGGUAUCAAAAGGUUUGGCUACCUUAGAGGUUUCACUUAAACAUUCUGGUUCUCUUUUUAUGUAUGCGGGCCAUGAGGGUGGAGCUUAUGCAAAAAACAGUUUUGGAAAUAUAUAUACUGCUGUUGGUGUAUUUGUUCUUGGGCGGAUGUUUCGUGAGGCUUGGGGAACUGAAGCUUCGAAAAAACAGGCUGAAUUUAAUAAUUUUCUUGAGAGAAACCAUAUGUGCAUAUCAAUGGAACUAGUAACAGCUGUACUUGGAGACCAUGGGCAGCGUCCGCAAGAAGAUUUUGUGGUAGUUACAGCAGUCACUGAACUGGGAAAUGGAAAGCCAAAGUUCUAUUCAACUCCUGAGAUAAUUGCUUUUUGCAGAAAAUGGCGCCUACCGACAAAUCAUGUGUGGUUGUUUUCAACAAGAAAAUCAGCCUCUUCCUUCUUUGCUGCCUAUGAUGCCUUAUGUGAGGAAGGUACUGCAACGUCUGUAUGCAAGGUUCUUGAUGAAAUUGCAGACGUAUCUGUACCAGGUUCAAAAGACCAUGUAAAAGCCCAAGGAGAAAUUUUAGAGGGUCUUGUUGCUCGUCUUGUGAGUCAUGAGAGUUCAAACCAUAUUGAAAAAGUUUUGAAAGAAUUUCCUCCUCCACCUGCUGAUGGAGUUGCCCUUGAUUUCGGACCAAGCCUAAGGGAAAUUUGUGCAGCAAAUAGAUCUGAUGAAAAGCAGCAAAUAAAAGCACUUCUCGAGAGUGUUGGCAGCUCUUUUUGUCCUGACUAUUCAGAUUGGUAUGGGACUGAUGGUGCUGAUAUUCAUUCAAGAAAUGUAGACAGAUCCGUUGUUUCAAAAUUUUUACAAGCCCAUCCUGCAGACUAUUCAACAAAAAAGUUGCAGGAAAUUAUUCGACUGAUGAGGGAAAAACGCUUCCCUGCUGCAUUCAAAUGUUAUCAUAACUUCCACAAGGUUGAUGCCAUAUCAAGCGACAACGUGUUUUACAAAAUGGUCAUUCAUGUACACAGUGAUUCUGCUUUUCGACGAUACCAAAAAGAGAUGAGGCAUAGACCUGGAUUGUGGCCGCUGUAUCGAGGAUUUUUUGUAGAUAUCAAUUUAUUUAAAGCAAACAAGGAGAAAGCAGCUGAAAUUUCUAUGAAAAGCAGUAUAAAUGAAAGUGAUAGUACUAGCUCUGAGAAAGAUGAUUUUGCUGAUGAAGAUGCAAAUUUAAUGGUCAAAUUGAAAUUUCUUACAUAUAAGUUGCGAACCUUUCUCAUUCGAAAUGGCUUACCAGUUCUGUUUAAAGAAGGUCAAAGUGCUUACAAGGCUUAUUAUCUGAGACAAAUGAAAAUAUGGGGAACCUCUCCAGGAAAGCAGAAAGAACUUAGCAUGAUGCUUGAUGAAUGGGCUGUGCAUAUAAGAAGGAAGUGUGGAAAUAAGCAAUUGUCAUCAUCAAUAUAUCUUAGUGAAGCUGAACCUUUCCUUGAACAGUUUGCUAAACGUAGCCCACAGAACCAAGCCUUAAUAGGUUCUGCCGGUAGUUUAGUUAGAACUGAAGAUUUCUUGGCCAUUGUUGAGGAAGGCCAGGAUGAAGAAGGUGAUCUUGUGGCAGAGCGAGAUAUGGCACCAUCCGGGCCUAGUAUCUCAGUCAAAGACACAGUUCCGAAGAACGAAGGGUUGAUUGUAUUCUUUCCCGGAAUACCUGGUUGUGCCAAGUCUGCCCUUUGCAAAGAAUUGCUAAAUGCCCAAGGAGGACUAGGAGAUGAUCGUCCAGUUCAUAGUCUCAUGGGUGAUCUGAUCAAAGGAAAAUAUUGGCAGAAAGUGGCUGAAGAGCGUAGAAAGAAACCAAAUUCUAUAAUGCUUGCUGACAAGAAUGCCCCAAAUAAAGAAGUUUGGAGACAGAUAGAAGACAUGUGUCGCAAGACCAAGGCAUCUGCUGUCCCAGUUGUGCCUGAAUCUGAAGGAACUGAUUCAAAUCCAUUUUCUCUUGAUGCAUUAGCUGUUUUUAUGUUUCGUGUUCUUCAACGAGUCAAUCACCCGGGAAAUCUUGACAAGGCAUCUCCAAAUGCUGGCUAUGUUCUGUUAAUGUUUUAUGACCUUUAUGAUGGCGAGAGCCGUAAAGAGUUUGAGGGUGAAUUAAUUGAGCGUUUUGGGUCACUUGUGAAGAUGCCAUUACUUAAAUCCGAUAGGAAUCCUCUUCCUGAAGCAGUGCAGUGCAUUUUGGUGGAAGGAAUUAAUUUAUUUAAGCUUCACUCUAAAAGACAUGGAAGAUUCGAAGUGGUCAGGCAAUAAGAGUAAACAAAGAACCUGAUUUACUUUUACACUUGAAGACAGCAAAAUGUCAUUGGAUAGCACUUUGCAUAUCAGCAACAAGUACUUCCGAGAUUUUCAAUACCUCACUCUUCAAGUUCUGACAAAUGUAUUUAACUACAGAAAAGGUUCUAUUAUUGUUUGCAUUUCAAGUCUUGAGACACCCCCAAAAGAGCCUUGUGUUACAAUGCACUAGAUUUUUUUACAUCCUAUGGUUGUCAUGCUGUUGCCGUAAGUGAAGCAUGAUUGACAUGUAAUAUCCGCUAGAAGAGUGCUAGCAACACACUCUUUUGAACACGCUUUCACACACAAUACCUUUGAUUGAUCUAUUUUAAAAAUAAUCAAUAUCUUCUAACUUAAAAAUGUGCUGACAUUUUAAAAAUCAAACCAAUUAUAUGAAGUGUGUCAAAGAGUGUGUUCAAAAGAGCGAGUUGCUAGCAUUCUCAUAUAUGUUAAAUGGAUGGCAACAAUUUGUCAACGGCUUAUUGUUUUUAGGGUUAAUCGUCUACUUGGCCCCUGUCUUUGUCUCGCCGUCUGAAAUUAGUCCCUCCCUGGAAAAUUUGCAAAUCUGGGUCCUCUUGUUUGCAAUAAGUCUGGAGCAGGUCCUCGCCGGAGCCCGAAGCUCCGGCGAGUGAUGAUUUGGCUUGUUGACUGGAUAAAUGAGGCUGACGUGUCAAGGAAAAAAAAUAAAAAAAUAAAAAAAAAAUACAAAUCAGUUUUAAUUAAUUAAAAUUUCCUAAUUAACCCUAAUAGCUAACUAAUCCCAAUCAAUGUCCAAAUAUUAAUCUCUAUUAACAAAUCUAACCUGAUCUGACUAAAAAAUCAAUUCCCCCCAAAUAAAAUAAAAAAACCUAAAUCAAUUUGGGAUUUCUCUCAGUAAACCCAUAUCCCAGAAAAUCAGAAACCCAGAACCAUGCUCUUCUUCCAUCCCUAUUUCUUCCUCCCUUUCCCACCCCCAAUUUUUCGUUCUCUUUCUCAAAACUCAAGAUUGCCUCAUCCACACAUGCUCUUCUUUCACUGUUUUUCCUUCUAUCUCCAACCUCCCUCACCCUUCAUCUUCUUCUUUGGGUGGCGGUGGGGAGUGGGUGGUUUGGGUUUCGAUUGG